AUUUGACAACCCGUUCACAUUCACUACAUUCCACACACCCUUCCCUCCAAUGAGUGACACGUUAUUUGUGGAGUGAAUUCAUUGACUCAACCCAUUGCCCAUUGAAUGAGUGGUUAUUGUCUGGAGAUAUCACCGCAAGCGAGACAAUGGACUUAAAGCCCGAUUACUCGGCGUUGGCCACAGAUCUGGAGCGCCAGGAGUUGCAGUCAAUGGGAGGGAUGGCAUCGCCGCAGAUCUACGGACAGCUUCUGGCCAUCUAUUUGCUGUGCAAUGAUCUAGCGAACGCUAAGUUGUUGUGGAAGAGGAUCCCGACGACUGUCAAGACAGAGAACCCCGAGUUGUCUCACAUUUGGGACAUUGGACUCAAGCUGUGGAACCGGGAUUUGCCGGCAAUCUAUCCAUUGCUGUCCACUUACGAGUGGCCCAACCAUCUCAAGAAUGUCAUGAAGUAUAUCGGCGAGACCACUCGUAAGAGAGCAUUGAAUCUGAUCUCAAAGGGCUUCACAUCAAUCAGUUUGGAUGAAGUGAUUCAUUACAUCGGACUCACCGAAGACCAGACCAUCGAAACCAUACAAAGUCUCGGCUGGACUUUGGAUACGACGACCCGUUUCGUGAAGCCAUCCAAACCAUCCAUUAAUAGCGAAGAGUUGUCUUCGAGUGAAGAACAGUUGGGAAAACUCACAGAAUAUGUGGCUUUCCUUGAGAAUUGAUCCCUCGCUUAAAGACUCAUUAGAUUUAUAAAUGAUUUCUGUAUUUAUGAGACAAUUGUCUG